UAAUGUCCCCUCCCCCUCACAAAGACAUCUCUGACGUGUUUACCGGUGCGAGGGGCGGGGACACUAAUCUUUCUACCAACCUGUUGCAAACAUGAGAUCUAUCACAGCAAUUAGCAAAUGACAACGAGACAACAGUCCAACGUUCCAAACUAUUUCUGAAGGACAAAACGUGUCUGUCUUUUUUUUUCUCUUUUGAAAAACCAUUUCACUUUGUAUUGACCUUAUUCUCCAGUGAAACAAGCACGUCACCAUCUUUAAAAUAUUGUUUUUGAACUUCUGUUUGUGCGGUAGCUCUGUAUAUUUCUAUGGCAUCGCUAUCUAAGAGUAACUUAGCUGGUAAAGUGGAUUUAUGUAUAGUAGAGUUAACGAAACUUAUCGUGAGCACUGUAAUGUUUAAAGCAAAUGUCUUAACACAUGUCAGUAGACCAGUAAGAUUUUAAAACGAGCGGUUCAUUCAUUAAUUCGUGAGGUGGAAAUACAAACGAAAGACAGAAGACAACAAACGCAGCACUAAAAAGGGGCGGGGCUACAUAGGGUCAAUAAAUAUGUCAUAAUAAGGGGAAAAAUGGCUAGAAUUUUAGUUCAUGCUCAUUUAAAAUAAAAUGUGUGUGUUUUGUUUUGUGUAGAUGAACUGCAAUGCAGAUUUUGGACCAUAUGGUUGCCCAGAUGACUAUUUAGAGUUCAAUGUCUCUGGUGAUUCAUCUGACCUCUAUACAUCCAAUUAUUAAAAAAAAAAAAUGCAUUUAUUCAUGAUCCUCCACCAUUUAACAGGACCUAUAAAAUUGUGCAAUAUAAUGCAGCAGGGAUGUAAAAUCUUACAGUAUAAUGGUACUGAAGACCCCUGAGUGUGUGUGUUGGCCUUUAGGUAUCAUCACUUCUGAAUGUCAUGCGCUUGGCUGAAUACAUUUCGGUUGUGCAGCCGGUGUGUAUGAAGAGCUGUGGAGGCCCUUUGUAAUGGAUUAAUGUUGUAAUCUAGGCCACUGCAGAUUACAGCCUCCUUUCAUGGGCUUUCCCCAGUGUCAUGUGACCAGGGGACAAAUGGAUCUUCAUUUCCCAUGGAUGAUAUUAUGGACAGAGGGGCUGAGCAUGAGCUAGUCCAGCACAGGAACAGCUGAAGACGAUUGCUUUUUUCAGCCUUGAGAACAGUGAAAUUGCGGCACUUUUACAAGAUUGUCAGCAAACCCUAAAAGGACCACUGAGAUUACAGCUGGGAGUGUCAUCUCGCGACGGAAAUAGAACGCUCCGGAGAGGUAACUUAUUAACGUGCUGCUGUCGUUUGUCUCAGGCUGGACAUCAUGUGAUCCCCUGCUAGCACUGCAGAAUCCACAACACACACUUAUACUUGCAACUGUAGCUAGAAGAUGGGACAGUCGGCACAGUGAUAUCCUAACAGGCUCGGUCACAUGCAAUCACUUAGUGUCCAGGGAGCUUCCUGUUCAUGGGCAGCAUGGAGGAACCUGUAGAGGAGUACAAGUCUCCGUUCAACUUUGAGCAGGGAGUGAACACCAGCUACCUCUAUCUGUCACCCGAAGAGAGCUUCACUCCCCCUGGUUCACCGGUAUUGCAGCGCAGAGGGCCCAAGAGUACAGACUUCAUCCCAGAAGUAGGCGAAGAUGCAGUGAAUGCAGUGCCCUCUUCGCCCUACAUGGCCCUAACUGAGGAAGAGCAAGCAGAGCUUCACAGUGAAUUAGCAAAGGUGGAAGAUGAGAUCCAGACUCUUUCUCAGGUGCUGGAGGCCAAGGAGAAGCAGGUUGCGGACAUCAAGCGGAAAUUGGGCAUCACUCCACUUAACGAGUUCAAACAGAACCUGAGCAAAGGCUGGCAGGAAGUCACCACCUCCACUGCGUAUAAGAAGACCUCAGAGACCCUGUCCCAAGUGGGUCAGAAGGCGACGACGGCAUUCUCCAGCGUGGGCUCAGCCAUUAGCAGAAAGCUAGAGGACGUGAGAUUACAGUCAUUUUCCAAUUCUUUUGGUAUACGCUCCAUACAGCAUUCGGCUAGCAUGCCGGUGAUGAGAAACACCCCCACUUUCAAGUCAUUUGAGGAGAAAGUGGAAACCUUGAAGACCAAGAUUAGCCCUACGACAACGACAGGCGAUAUUGAAGAGGUUUCAGAAUCCACACCUGAUGGAGAGCCAGUGGCUGAACACCCAGAGGGAACUUGUCCACCGGAUCAAAAAACGCAUUGAGGAUCCUCCCUCAAACGCUCCCCUCUUCUUUCUCCUCCUGACCUCCUGUCCCUCUUCUUCUACUCCACAGCAGUACUUCUACAUAGUCACAGUGAGCUUUGUUCUGUGGCCAUAUUUUUCCACUGGAGUCUGGGUCAUCUCCAGACUGGACGUGGUAGUCCUACACUGGAACAGAUGUGUCAGAAUGUGAGAUGCAUGUUCGCUCAUGCACUGUCAGAGCAUGAUAUCACUCAUUCCACUGCAGCAUUGACCUCAAACUUCAGGUUUGCCUACAUGAGAGGCUCAGGCUGUCCUUUAGAAGUCCCUAAAUGUUUCUUAUUACAGAAAAUAUCCUAAAGUCUUUAUAUAUAAUUUAAAUGUAAUUGAAUUUGACCUUUUGUUUGUGUACAUUCUCUGUAACACAUUCUGCUACUCAAAAUGGCCAGCCAAAUUAACCAAAAUUCUCUGUGUAUUUAGUUCCUUUUUCCAUUUUUAAAACAAAUGCCAAAAACUCAGAACAUGUGUUCUGUCUCUAAGUGUAUACGUUAAAUUAAAUUUUUUUUGCAUAAAAAGUAUAUUGAGUGUGUUAUUAGCUUUAAUAUCAAAUAUGAUCAAACAGUAGUGAUGUUAUACUAUUACUCUCUUUCUAUAUUUUGGAUUCUUGAUUUAGUUUUAGAGAGUUUGUGUCAUAAAAUGAGCAGACUUGAGCGUAUGUGCUUUGUGACUUAAUUUCUCUUUAUUUCGUAGCGUUAGUAUAGUCACAACACUGAGAUCCCAGUGCCUUCUGUUGCUAAAACUGGGGAGGUUUAAUCUCACUUUAAAGGUGUUUCUGAUGGCUUUGUAAUUUGACCACUGCUGCAUUUCUUUCUUUCUUUUUUUUUACCCAUAAAACAGGACAAACUAUGAGAGGGACAGCUGUCAUAGUCUCCUAGACUAUAUGACAUUUCUUCCCUGUUGUUUUAAACUCUCUAACACAGCUGAAAAGCAGUGUUAAUGUUAAACAGUUAGCCUUAGAUCCAGUGCAACUCUAAUGUUUCCAAGCACUAAUUCUAGUAUUGUUUGUGUAGUUCAUGGAGCCGCUUACACCAUAGAACCUGCUGUUGUGGCAUCUUCAAGACUGCAAAAUUAAAAAAGAAUAUUUUUAUUGAUAUUGUUAGCAGAGUGUAGAUCAAAUCUAAUAACAUUUAUGAUAGCGUAGAGGUUGCUAAAGGCUUUGGAGCGCAGGGGCGAUGGUACUUAACUGGCAGAUGUGUUCUCAUAUGGUAAUAUUUCAUUAUUGCUUCAUAAUUUAAAUGUGUGCUUUUCCUUUUUUGUGUUUUGCUUUGAUAUACAGAGAUAAGCAAAUGUUUUAUGCUUGCUGCAAAAAAUAUUCAAUAUAAAGACAUUUGCAGAGGUUUAAGUUCAACAUGUCUGAUCAGUCGCUCUAGAUCUAGUGUUGACAUUUAAAAUAAAAUAAUAGUACUAUGGAAAAUAUGGAAUAUUGUUAGGAGGUAUCUGUUUAAAACAAAGUUUAUAUGUGUUUUGUGUUGUGACAUACUACAUGGAGGGUGGAAAUGUUAUAAUUUAUCCCCCUUCUGCCUCACUCCAGUCAUACUGUAGCUCAGGUGUUCUUUGUUUCUUCUUUCCUCACAUCAUCUUUUGAAUAUGAAUGUUACUUUAUACUGAAUGUCUCUAGUGGGCUUUUGUUCUGGGUUACUAGUGUAGUAGUUGAAUCUGCUGUCAUGUUCAUUUAGAAUUAGCAUCCUGAAAGACCAAAACUACUUUGAGCAAAAAAUACAAACAUUUGUUCCUUUGUAUGUCUGAUGCCUAAUAAAGCACAUUACAACCUG